UCAUGACACCGGAGUGAUGGCUACCCGUCGACCACGCGUAAAAGUAGCGGCUAAUCUUAGCAUUCGUCGACCGCCGAAGACAAAUACGGCCAAUGUUGCUGUAGAACCGAUCAAGCAGGAUGCACAAUCGAGUGCACCAUCCGAACCGGUCAAGGAAAUCGAUGUGGGUAAUACCGCAUUGCUUGCACAAUCAAACAAUGCAGUACCUGAAGCGGAUGAUCAAAGUGGCACACAUCCGUCACCGAAGCCGGGUGGGCCACCUGAAGAGCCAUUCCAGGAGUUUAAGCUACCAAAGCCGGUAGACGAUAUUGUGAAGCCUUCCCAUGUAACUCCAAGUUCCGGUUGUCUAGAAUCAAACGCAAGCUUGGGCAACAAUGUCCAGAACGGAGAAGAACCUACAUCCCCCCGCAAACAGGAUGCUCGUCCCACGUUCACGUUACCGCUAGCGCGCAAAAGAAAUCGCACCGAAUCGCUCACAUCGAACAAAUCGCUACCGGAAGGGGUAACCGUCAAUAAGGUUACCCGAAAGGUUGCUACCAAGCAGGAAGAAUCCCAGCGAACACUGGACAACAAAAAGGAGAUCCGCAAACGGUUAACAAACAUCGAAAAUGUGGACAAGCAAAACUUAACCAUGUUCGAUAUGAUUUACUACAACCCAGUGAAUAAUCCAAUGACGGCGCCUGCCCUAAGUAAGCGUGGUUCGCUGGAGAACAUUCCCAAGAAUGUCGACGGUGCCCGUGAGAGGGAAGGAGUACGAAGCCGGAGCGUCAGUAAAUCACGUUCACCUACACCGGCACCUUCUGGGAUGGCGUUGACGGCGCCAAAACCGGCCCCGGACCCAGUACAGCUAACACCGCAGCUGAAGCUGGGCCCGAACGGGGAAAUGAUACUCGACGAAGCUAGUCUAGUGAUAGAGAAUGAGCGUGAGAGGGAGAUGCGCGAAACGCUUGCCAACACGGACAUCGUGUAUCAGGAUGAGUUUAGCGGAAAUUCCGGGUACUACAGCCGCAUCAGGCGAACGAAGGAUUGGGACAGUGAGGAAACGAUUCGCUUCUACCGCUGUCUACAUACGAUUGGGACUGAUUUUUCCAUGAUGUUAUCACUGUUCCCCCGACGAUCUCGUCGCGAUCUCAAGCUUAAGUUUAAAAAAGAAGAGCGUUACAACCUUCGGCUGGUGAACAAAGCGCUGCAAUACCCAAAGGAGUUCAAUGUGGAAGAAUUAAGGCAACAGUUUGCCCAUGAGGAUGAGGAGCUCGAGCGGAAAAAGCGAGAAGAAAAUGAGCGCAAAAUGGAAGCGUUAAAAACGCAGCAGAAGGAGCAGUUACAGAAAAAAUUAAUGUUGCAAAUGUCCACUAGUAACAAUCCUCAGCGAAAGCUUAGUAAAUCGGAACGAGCGAUGGUAGACACGUCGGAAACUUUGGGACCGGAAGAGCUGAAGCGACCAAAACGUAAAGCAGCUCCGGCAAAGAAACGAACUACCGCUAAGUCCGGCGCGCUUUCCCAGGUUCCAACUGAUCUUGCUGCAGUGAAAGAGGAAGCACAACAGCAUCAGGAACAAUUGGAAAGCUUGUCUGAGAGUGGAUUAAUCAGCUCAGAAAAUAGCCAAGUGAUCGUUUCGCUUGAUACUACGGCUAAGGAAAGCUUUAAGAAAUCGAAACGUACCCCAGCACCAAAGAAACGAGCUACAUCGCAGCUAGAUUCCAAUACUGUCGAACAAAAGGAGCCACAAACGCAACCUGAAUCUGUUCUUCAAAGCGAGAACAGUUGUACAACUAUCGGUGCAGAUAGCGCCACUCCAAGUAUCCCAGUAGAGCGUGAAUGUUUCAAAAACAUCAACUAUACAUCAGUGUCAGUGAAACAUGAAACUGUGGUGCUGGCAAAGGAUGUUCCCAAGUUGGUCGAAGAGAAUGCUCCGCAACAGUCUGCGUCCGUUUCGGAGGAUAAUGCAUCGCAUCACACCGCAAUUCCUGAUAUAACCAAUACCAUUAUCCAAGCUGCAAUAGACGAAAAUAUAACUAAUAGAGUAAUAAUACCAUCGACAUCACCGUCCUUAGAACGGCCGGACACAGAGAAGGGAAAUCAGCUAGUUGUGAUGGAAGAACGGAAAAAGACGUCUGCUCCAGUGAAAGGCGCCAAGCGGAAGGGCGCGAAAGGUCGACCGAAACAUAGACGUCCGUUUAAGAAGCGACGCACCGCCCAACCGAAUCGAUCCAGAUCGGUUCCUGAAGAACCGAAACUUCUGUUACCAGAUUACAAGGUUUUGGCGAUUAAAAAGGACGUUACAGAAGUCGUACCAAUAAUGGACAGCAAUGUGUCAUCUGUUGGAGAAGCUCCGUUCGUUGAAGCGAAUAAUUUUGCCGAACCGGAAACCAAUCCGGAGGGACCGUUUGUGCUAUACGAACCAGCAGCUGCAUCGACCUACGAAAAUCCGCACUUAGCUUUACCGAUCGCAAAAUAUCAGUGCAUGGAGGAUACGGAAGAUUGUGUACCGCCGGGUUAUGCAGAUGCUAAUGAGAUGGGCCAUGGUUCUAUUGUGGCCACCUCUUCCGCAGAACCCAUCAUGCACGAUAAGGAAGAUGAUUCGAUCACUGUGAUAACGUUGCAAAACUUGGAUGAUCAAACGCACACUACAUGUGUACGGACGGACGUUGGCCCUACAGUGGAACCUACCCUGAUCAAUGAGCUAACGCCGGUGGAAAUCAAAUACGACGAGUAUGAUCCCGCCGAUCAUCUUUUGGUGGGAAGUACGGUAAAGCGAGAAGAGUGCAACGCUGUAAAAGCCAACCACCAUGUAACGACCACCGAAAGCAAUGUCCCUAUUAAUGUGCAAAUUAUUGAUUAUCCAUCACCGGUGGCAGUACCUUCUACUGAUCCAAUACCUUAUAUGGUUUUUGAAAAGCUGGAAUAUGCCUCGUCUAGCGAUACGAUCAUCUUUCACGAUCAGGCUCCUACGUCUGGUAAAGCGAUGUCGAUUGUAGACCACCAAUCAUCCGCACAAUAUGCUUCCCCUGUACAGUUGAAUAUUGGGGAUGAAACAUCUUCGAUACCGGCAUCCGAUGGAAUUCAUCCUGGACUAAGCAACGAGCAGACACUUCUAUUGGCUACACAGAAUUGUCCGAGCUAUAGUAACACCGGAACAGUUCUUAGCUCUCCUAAGCACGAACAGAUGCUAUUAAACAUACAGCAAACUGCGUUGGAUGUAAAGCUAGGAAAGCAAGAGCAUACUGACGCUAUCGAGAAGAUAAACAAACAGCAGCAUCCGGAAGUGGAUGGCGUACAAGAGGACAAUGAUGGAUUUAUGUUCGAAAAGGAAGAAGAAGUGGAAGAGAACGAUGAGGGACUUGCGCUCGAAGUGGAGGAGGAGGAGGACGAUGGUGGAUUUUCGCUCGAGGAUAUCGAUAUCAAUUCGCUGGUGCUGGUCGAAAGUCAGGAUAGUGUGAACCCAAACAGAACGUUCUAUGAGAUAUACGUUUCCAAUCCGGACACGGGACAGCUGAGCGAAAAACCGCUCGACGUGCCGGCGGACGUGAUCGAGAGCAUACGUGCAAUUUUGGAGUCUGGCGAACGGUAA